AUGGAUUGCACUCCUGCACAGAAGGUUAGAUAUGGCACUCAUAUGCUGGCUAAGGAAGCAGAUGAUUGGUGGCUAGAGACCCGUAGGAGGUUGGAGGCUCAUGAAAUCAACAAAGCAGUUAGUUACCAGAAGAUCCGUAUUUUUGCUGAUUUGGUGGAUAGUUGUCGGAUUUAUGAGGAGGACAACAAUGCUCAUUAUCGUGUUAUUAAUGAGAAGAGGGGCAAGAAUCAACAAAGCCGCGAGAAACCGUAUGAUGCUGGUAAAGGGAAGCAAAGAGUUACUCAUGGUCAUAAGACUAGUGGGGGAGAUGCUCCUGCUAGGAUUAUAUGCUUCAAAUGUGGUCGACCUGGUCAUAAGAGCAAUGCUUGUACUGCUGAUGUGAAGAGGUAUUAUCGUUGUGGUAAGACGGGACACAUGUCAUCUGAUUGUAAGCAUAAGGAUGUUGUUUGUUUUAACUAUGGUGCGGAGGGGAAUUUUGAUAGCCAGUGUCAGAAGCCAAAGAAGACAAUUGUAGGUGGUAAAGUGUUCGCUUUGUCAGGAACUCAGACAUCUAGUGAGGAUGGCCUUGUUAGAGGUACUUGUUCAUUAAUAGCAUUCCUUUAA